AUGAAGCUUAAGGAAUUUCUUGACAUACCUUUUGUAUGCCACCUUUUUAUAGGAAUCCUCAUCAGAGUUGCUUUGAUUGCGUAUGGAGAUGUACAUGACAAGUUAUAUGAUGUUCCAUACACGGAUGUUGACUAUAAAGUGUUUACUGACGCGGCUAGACAUGUUGCCAAAGGACAUUCUCCAUACAAACGUCAUACAUACAGAUAUAGCCCGUUGAUAGCUUAUUUCUUAGUCUGUAAUAUACGAUGGGGCAAAAGUUCUGGGAAAUUACUAUUUUCUGUCUUUGAUAUCUUGAUCACUGUUGCAGUUAAAAUUUUAGUGGAAUAUCAAUUACGUUCUAAGAAAGAUAAAAUGAAGAAUAUACCUGUGUAUUGCGCUCUUUUUUGGCUUUACAACCCUUUAAGUAUUGCUAUUUCUACUAGAGGUAAUGCUGAUUCAAUACCAUGUUUCUUCAUUAUACUAUCAAUUCUUUUUUUACAAACUGAUAUUAUAGAAUCUAACUGGACGUAUGCUCUAUCCGGUAUUUUAUUAGGUAUUUCGAUACAUCUACGUUUAUACCCGUUGGUGUUCAGUUUCCCCAUGUAUUUGUCUUUAGGCGAAUAUAAAAUUAAUAGAAAUACUAAUAUCAAGGAUGGGAUUGUUUCUCUUUUGCCUAAUCUGAAGCAAAUGACUCUGGUGUCGAGUUGUGUAGGAACUCUUUUUAUUAUAACUUGCUAUAUGUAUAAAUUAUACGGCUAUGAUUUUUUAUUCGAAACCUACAUUUACCAUCUGUUCAGAAAAGAUACUCGCCAUAAUUUCUCUGUGCUUUUCUACUAUUCGUAUUUAACAAUGGAUCAGCUGACUUUUGAUGUUGUCAAAGUUCUCGCUCAAAUAUUCGAAGGUAUUAUAUUGUUCGUGGGUAGUUUGGCUUUUGGUACAAAUCCGAAAACCCUGCCUUUUGCUUUAUUUUUCCAAGCGGUAGUUCUGGUCGCAUAUAACAGUGUUAUGACUUCACAAUAUUUCAUUUGGUUCAUAUCUUUGCUGCCUUUGGUUGUGCACAAUUUCAGGCUAAAACCGGCCAAUGGUUUAUUUUUAACUGUCGUUUGGUUAUUUGCCCAAGCAGGUUGGCUGUUUUACGCGUAUUUACUCGAGUUUAAAUGCAGACAGGUUUUUAUGCUUAUUUGGUUGAAGAGUAUUGUGUUUUUCUGUGCAAAUAUUUACGUUCUUGGACAACUCGUUAAGAGCUAUUCGCCUGGUUAUGCUUUUGGGGAAUUUCUGGCUUUGGACGAGAAAAGAAAAUAAAGAAGCUAAUAUAAACCCUAUCCUGAUAGGCAUUAAGGUCACUUUGAUAGCGUACGCCAUGUCAACUUUAAUCGAUGUUUGCUAUAAUAACCAAGUUUAAUCGUCUUUGGUGUUGUGAGAACUAAAAUAUAAUAAACAUGUAUUUUUAGCCAUUCGUUUUUCAAUAUGUAGUUUACAGAGAGUGCAAUAUGCAUAUGUUAGCAUAGAUUGAUGUUGUAGAUAUAGAAUGUAAUGGAUUCUCAAAUAAAUAUUCAAAA